UGCUACUAUUCGGAGUGACCCACUUUUAAUUAGCGCUUGAAUCCUUUUUUUUUUUUUUUUUUUUUAAUUUUUCCCAAACAUCCCGCUGUUUCCAUGUCAGACGAGAUGCCAGCCAAGACACAUGGAGCUGAAGUCUUCUUAGAGCUGAGGAAAAGGCUCCAGAGCGGACUGCUCAUUGUCAGGAAAGACGUGGCUGGAAGUCCUCCUAAUGUUGUUGUGACAGGCGGAGAUUCUUCUCUCCACAUCCGGACUCCCAGAGGUGAGCUGAGCCUGACUUUGCCAGCAGGAGUCACCUUCGAGCAGGGAUCCUGCAUUCAGACGCCUGCGGGAGCAUCCAGUGAAGACGAGCUGCAUUUCAGGCUGCGCAUACAUGUCGGGCGAAGCGCAACUGAAGAGGCCUGUGACAGCGGGAUGGAGACACUCCGGGCAAAAGAGACUUAUUGCUUCUCCUGCCAGGGCUGCAUGAGCAGGCUGCUGGAGGACAGAGUGUUUAAGCGAGUUCUUCCUCUUCCUAAUGGCAAUUGGAACACCAUCGUGGACGACUGGUGCUGCCACCCGGAUCCAUUUGCUAACAAGAAGCUAUUGCCCCGAGCAGAGGACUGUUUAGUGGGCGACACCUUCGUCCUGCUCGCUCAAGAUGCCAGCUGUGAACAGACUCUGACCAAGGAAGUGAGUCCUGUUGGCACAGAGGACAGACAAGACCCAAAGAAAACCUGCCGCCGACUGGCACUCAUCUCCUGUGCGAGUUGUUCUUCAGUGCUGGGAGAGGCUGUCGAGCCAGAGACCCUGAAGCUGUACAUCACACAGGUGGUGGUGGAACCUGCUGUAGGAGACAGAAAACUAGAAGCUUCACUUAACAGAUCUCUCUUCCUGGAGAAGACAGUAGCAGCCAGGCUGCUGGAGCUGUCCAGCUCACUGAGCACCUUCCACUUCUCAGUUCAGACUCCUGAUGGAAAAAACUUCUUACUGCUCUGGCUGCUGAACAGCGACUCCAUCACAGUGUCAGUCCCAGAGGCGUGUUUCGGGGUUGAAAGGUCCAUCAGCUCUCCCGCUCCUCACAGUCCAUCACCCAGAGCUGCCAGGGCCCUGAAACUUCUCUACAUCUCCUGCUCCGAUACGGGCUUCCAGCAGAGAGAGGUUGUUGCUAGUUGGGAGGUCAGUGCCAUAGGACAUCCUGUGGUGCUUCCGCUGAAGGUGUGUGAGGAGCUGCAGCAAGUGAUACAUGACAGCAACGCUACACUUCCUGCAUCGAUGCGUUGCAUGACGUCCUACGAGGUGGCAUACCUGAGACUGUGAGGUCACAACGGGGAAUCUGAGCGAUCACGACUCCAUUCAUCGCCCUUGAUAAGGAGCUCAGGAGCACAUGGGACAGCUGAGAACCUCCGUGAACACGCACUGUUUUUGUAAGUUACGGUAACAUCCUGCACAGAUUAGUAUGAGAAUGGAGUUUAACUGCAGAGGGAAAUGCAGCGAGCGUGUAAGAGCUUGUCCAGCAUCUCAAGUUGUGGUUUCUGGUUAAAAUGUUUGGUAGUGUGUCAUCACUUGCAAACGGAUUCAUGUUGAAACAGGACACUGCCAGGCUGCGAAACAUUAACACAUAUCCAGCAAAUGCAAAAUAAGAACACUGAAGUUCUUUUCUCACAGAACAGUUUUCUUUGUGGUUGUAAAUCUUUUUCAGUCCUUUUGUAAUUAUCCCAAAAUGCAUCAUAAUGGUUCAAAAGCCUGUAUGUACACAUAUCUGACCACUUCUUUUUUCUUUUUUUUUCUUACCCUUUUCAACACAAUUAAACAGUUGUAUUUUUGAAACAA